UCAAUCCUCAUACCGAGUUACCGACCAACAGUGCCACUGUAUCGCCGAUCUUAGUAAUUUACCGAGCUGAAAGAAGCAACGGAACCAAAACGGCUGUCAGUUGUUAAAGCAAAUGGCCCUCUCUGCCGUAUCAGUUCACAGCUUUUCGUCCUGACCAACGUGCUCCAUUUCCGCCGCCUUCUCAACACGAGGCGCUGAUUUCGUCCUGGGUAUGUGUUUUCCCGUCUCUGUUUUCCGAUGGACCAACGAAUAAUUUUUCCGGUGUUUCCUUCCCAGUCUAUCGAAAAUCUUAGUGAGCUGUGUACUAUUGUUUCCCCUCUCUCUAUUCCUUUUCUGGGCUUUUCCCAAAUGGUGUCGGGGAACUCAUCUAAUUAAGGCGUCGAUGGAUCCAGCGAUUGUACAAUAGUACCUUUACUUGGGGCUUUUCCCAAAUUCAUUUCUUGCUGCAGUAAUAGUGGGUUGAAGAGUUGGAGCAAACCCACAAGUUAUUUAAGUUGGCCAUCGCUGGUUUCCGUCCCUUAUUUGAUAGUUGUUGGGGUGUAUGUCAGGUUUCCUUGUAUGGCUAUGGAGAGUUGGCAGAUAAAUUCUAAUUCUGGGUUCAAGUAUUCGAGGAUGCAGUAGAAAUCAAAGCAGUUAUUAGCUUAUCAAUGCAUUUUGACCUGCUGCUUUGUGGGCUUUUGCUCAAUUUUCAGAACAAAGAACAACAACAAUGAGGACAAAAAGAGUAGCUCGUAAAAAAGGUUCUCUGAAUCGUCCUCGAUUGCAUCCUCGUGUUGAGUCUCAGACAUCCUUUAAGUUGCGAAAAGUUGACUCCACUGAGCAAAGGCUUGGCCCUACAGCUUCUGUAACUGAUGAGAAGGCAUCUGCCGUGAUUGAUGGUGCAAUGCUGAAGCGUUUGUCUGCACGGCGGCCUUGGAUACUCCAUGACCUGGGUGAUGGUGAUCAUAUGCAAGAGGAGGCCAGCUCGAAACAAGAGGAUACGGAGCAUUCUUCAUACACUUGCCUCCCGAAAGGCAUUGCUAGAGGAUGUCCAGAUUAUAGGGAUUGCGUGAAGGUGAUGGCAAGGUGGCAGCCAGAAAAAGGGAAGAAACAUGUCCUGGAAGAAGCUCCUGUGUUCCACCCCAAUGAGGAGGAAUUUAAGGAAACACUAAAGUAUAUUACAAGUAUACGUUCAAGAGUAGAACCCUAUGGUAUCUGUCGCAUUGUUCCUCCUCCGUCGUGGCAUCCACCUAGUCUUAUUACUGAAAAGAAUAUGUGGGAAGAUUCGAUAUUUGAAUCACAAGUUCAGCGGAUAGAUGGAAUGCAGGCCCAAAAUUUAGGCGAGAUUGUUAAGUGUUCUGACAUGGAAGGUGUAGGACUGGAACCUGGUCCAAAGUUUACUCUUAAAACUUUCAAGAAAUAUGCCGAUGAUUUUGCGUCUCAGUACUUCUGCAUAGAUGGCAUCUUGGAUUCAGAAGUGGAUUCCAAUGAGCGUGUCGAGCAGAGGGAACCAUCUCUGAUGGAUAUUGAGGGUGAGUAUGGAAGAAUUAUUGAUAAUCCUACUGAAGAGAUUGAGGUGAUUUGUGGUGAUAAUCUGGAUAGCCAGGUCUUUGGCAGUGGAUUUCCCGUCUAUAAAUCUUCAGAAACUUUUACCAGUCAGGAGUACUUGGACUCGGGCUGGAACUUAAACAAGACAGCUGUGCUUCCAGAUUCACUUCUAUCAUUUGAGAGCUAUAGUACUUCUGGGCUCUUACGGCCUCGACUUAGAGUAGGGAUGUGCUUCUCGUCUUUUCCUUGGAAACUUGCAGUGCACCAUAUGUAUUAUCUCUCCUACAUGCAUAUUGGUGCCCCCAAAAUCUGGUAUGCUAUCCCUGGUAGUCAUGGUUCGAAGUUUGAAAUUGCUAUCAAGGAUUACCUGCGAGAAUCGCCUGUGGAACAUUCAAAGAUGCAACACAAUAGGCAGCUAAUGAAAUUGACGCUAACGAGAUUGAAGUCAGAUGGAUUACCUGUCUAUCGAUGCAUUCAGUGUCCUGGAGAGUUUGUUCUUGUCCUGCCAAGAACACGUUAUUCGGGGUUUGACUCUGGCUUUAAUUGUGCUGAGAGUAUCCAUUUGGCUCCAGUCGAGUGGCUACCACAUGGGCAGAAUUCUGCUGAACUUUACAGUGAACAAGGAAGACGGACAUUUAUUUCCCAGGAUAAGAUGUUGGUUGGUGCCGCUAGAGAAGCUGUGAAGGCGCAAUGGUUAGACUUACUUUCGUUCAAAGAUAUCUCAGUUAAUGCAAGAUGGAAGGAGGCUGCUGGGAAGGAUGGGAUUUUAUUGAAAGCCCUCAAGUUACGUAUUGAGUUGGAGGCCAGCAGAAGGAAAUAUCUGUGCAAUUCUUCACAGUCAAAGAAGAUGGACAAGGACUUUGAUACGACAAGCAAAAAGGAAUGCAUAGUAUGUUAUUAUGAUCUUCACCUCUCUGCAGCUACAUGUCCCUGCUCUGCUGACAGAUACUCGUGCCUAAACCAUGCAAAGCAGCUCUGCUCUUGUCCUUGGGUUCAAAGGAUCUUUCUGUACCGUUAUGAGAUUGACGAGUUAAGAGUUCUUAUCGAAGCAGUGGGAGGCAAACUGAGUGCAAUUUACAAAUGGGCAAAGAAUGAUCUCAACCUUUCGCUGCUGUCCAUUGUCUCUGAUAAAAAUAGGUCACUAGGAAGGAGGCAGUUAGGUGAAGCAGAGUGCAGCACUGGAGAAUCGGAUGGGAAAGGGAAAGGGAAAGGGAAGUUUUAUGAUCCAUCAGUGCCCUAUGGAGGCUGGAAUAGUAGCGCCUCUGGGGUGAGGGAAGAACUGAAGGCACGAGUGCUCCAAUGGAAGUCCUUGAAAGAAAAGAAACUGAAGGACAAAAGCAGUGUGAAGCCGACGUCUCAUUUUACUUCUGCUGCUGUUGAUGCUUGUAACAUACAUAUGUCUGAAGUUUCAUCUGAUAGCACCAGUGAAUCAAGCUCAUCUUUGUAAAUAUAUUGUAGCAAAAUUUUCGUUUCUCACUAUCACUGGGAAGAUGUGACGAUGAUGCAUUUGCAGGUUGGUCGGCCUUCCUUGCACAAACAACGUGAAUCUGGAAGUGCAGUAUGAACCAAGGAAAGAAUCAUCCUUUUUCAUAUCUGUCUCUCAAUGAAAUAGAAAUGGGAUA